AUGAGGGAGGGAGAGGGAGAAGACAAGGAGGAGGAGAGUGGGAAGGAGAAAAAGAAAUGGAGAAAGACUGCAAGGUUCUUCGGGGAGAUUGACGGAUCGGUGAUGACCACUUUAAUCAGAAUGGGCAUGUUUAAAAGGGUGUCUUUGUUCGACUACCAGGCCAUGUGUAAGAUGAGUUCACACUCUGUCAGCAGCGCCCGACCUCUCCUCAGUGUACGUCCACCCAUAUAUGCUUUGGCUUCAACCCUGAAGUGGUUCCUCUCCAACUUCUUACUACGUGACCCUGCCUGUCCAACUCUUUUAGCCUACACUCAUAAGAAAAAAGUGGAACACCUGCAGCCAUGUGACACGGAAUACCCCAGCUUCGUUUACGAGCCGUCAGUCAAGGAGACCAACAGUAUUAUUAAGUGUGGACGAUGCCAGAAGAUGUUUGUGGUGCAACAGAUACCUGAGAGCAACCUGCUGAUGCUUGUGGUACAGGCAGACUGCGACUGCUCCAGACAGCACCCACCCAUAACCCUGGAACCCAAGGAAGUCAAAUAUAUCCUUUUGGGAUCUGCUCAAGAAAUCACAAACAUGAAGUGUGACCGAAUGAGGUCCCAGAAGGUUCGGAGACGCCCCGAGUCCUGCCACUCCUAUCACCCACAGGAAAAUGCCAACGACUGUGGAGGGGCAUCUUUUAUAUCUCUUUCAAAAUGUCUUCUCCUCAUUUGUCUCUCCUUUGCUGCACUUGUUUCCUGA